AGUGUAUAUAGCUGUUUGUAUAUAGGUACUGGGGUAUUUACUGUAAUGUAUAUACUGACUGAUACUGACCUGCCAUGCUCUGGGCACCAUACAAUUAUUCACUGAAUAACUUGUAUCCUCAUCCCCCCAGAUGAAGUGCUUUGUGGUCCUGCUGGUUUGCAUCUCCAUUGGGUGGGUCCAUUCUGGCAAAAUAAAGCCGAAAGUUAAUAUUGCAAGAUUGGGAGAAGCCACACAGAGCUCAACGUACAGACCCGAGUACAACGCUGCCGCCGCUAUUGAUGGUGAUACUGACUCUAAUAUGAUGGCGGGAUCAUGUUCCCUCACUGGUUAUGACAACCCGGCUUGGUGGCGGCUGGACCUGAAGAAGAGGUACAAGGUGGAGAAAGUGGUGAUAGUGAACAGAGGGGACUGCUGCGGCGAGCGCCUGUUGGGAGCCGAGGUCCGUGUUGGAAAUACAGCAAAUGUGAACAACCCGACAUGUGGAGCCAUAACCGACGUCUCCAAAGAAGCCAUCACUGUGGUCUGCCAUGGAAAGGAGGGUCAGUAUGUCUCUGUGGUUAUUCCUGGGCGUGAAGAAUAUCUCCAGCUCUGCGAAGUGGAGGUCUAUGGGAAAGAAUAUAGAAAACCAAACCAUGACAAUUCAGAUGACUCAGUACUGGAAGACAUAGGCAAUUUAUUCAAUUAGAGGCUGAAGAAGACUUUUGCUCAUUAACCUGAAUGAAUCUGCUGUGAAACAAUAAAUACAAAUGCUGGUUCA